AUGUGUGCUUCACUUUUGGCUCUUUCGGAUCCUGAUCGGAUAAUUCGAAUCGUCACAGACCAUUCGGACUUUCCCAAUGGCCGCUAUUUGCUCCAAACAGAUGCCAUUAGGCAUGUUGCUAAAUCACAACACAAACUCAUGGGACACUGGUUCCUCAUGAUGAUGAUGACCGAAGAGGGUACAGUUAAGCUGUUCUUCGACAAAGAUUAA